AUGCUUGUUAUGAACUCUUGCGACAGGAACAUGCACUUCUACCUGCACAUCAUCGCUCUCUUCCUCCUCAUCAUACUACACGUCCACGAGAGGAGGCCAAUAGGAGAGCACUUGAGCACGCCUACGCAUAAGAUGGCAGAUGGGGAGGAGGCGAAAAGAAAGUUGCUGGAAGGAUCAAACGACAUUUUUUUAUGUUACCAGCAGAAAGAAAGAAAGAGAGAGAAGAAAAAGAGGGAAUGGAGUAGGAUAAGUAGAGAGAGAGAGAAUGAAAAAUUGAACAGAAAAAAGAGUAGGCAUUGGCUGAAAUGA